UGCUGCGCGCGCAGCUACAUCCGGGAACUCUUCAGAAGAGCCAAUAUGGCGGAGUCCUCCUUGGGGAAUUCAAGCCCAGGAGUGUCUGUGGGAUCAGACAGUGUGGAUCUGGACGCAUCAGUAGAGAGAGUGAAUGAGUUUGAGGACGAGCGUACAGGAGAGGACGAGGAGCUGACCAGAGACACCACCUUCACCACGGAGAUAGAGGAGCUCGCACGGGAGAGCGAGAUGCCGAUCCAGGAGCUGCGCAGUAUGUACGGCUACGAGGCCUCCGGCUCUCCCGAGGAAGAGGAGGAGGAGGAGGAGGAGGAAGAGGAUGGGGAGGAGGAGGAUGAAGAUGAUGAAGUGGAGGAGGUGGAUAAUGAUGAGAGCAGCAGGAGCACCGGGGAACUCAAGAGGAACAAGGACGAGUGUGUGAAGAGUGUGUCUCAGGGUGUGGACAGUCAGAGUGGUGAAGGUCGCUCUCUCUCUGCUAAAGAACUCAUCCGCUCUCAGAACUGCAGAUACUUCAACAAUAACGAAGUGGACGAGGAGUCUGAGGAGGACGAGGACUACGUUCCCUCAGAGGACUGGAAAAAAGAGAUCAUGGUGGGCUCGAUGUAUCAGGCUGAAACUCCUGCAGGACUCUGUAAAUAUAAAGAGAACGAACGAGUGUACGAGAACGACGAUCAGCUGCUCUGGAACCCCGAGUUCCUCCCCGAGCACACGGUGGUGGAGUUUCUAACAGAGGCGUGUAAACGCACCGGGGACGAGACCGGGGUCGACGCCAUACCUGAGGGCUCACACAUCAAAGACAACGAACAGGCGUUGUACGAGCUCGUGAAGUGCGACUUUGACACAGAAGAAGCUCUGAGAAGACUGAGGUUUAACGUUAAAGCGGCCCGAGAAGAGCUGUCUGUGUGGACGGAGGAGGAAUGUAGGCAUUUUGAACAGGGCCUGAAGGCUUAUGGGAAAGAUUUUCACCUGAUCCAAGCUAACAAGGUCAGGACGCGGUCAGUGGGAGAGUGUGUAGCCUUCUACUACAUGUGGAAGAAAUCCGAGCGAUACGACUUCUUCGCUCAGCAAACGCGACUCGGCAAGAGGAAGUACAACCUUCACCCGGGAGUGACGGAUUAUAUGGAUCGUCUGUUAGAUGAGACUGAGAGUGCAGCGUCGAGUCGAGCGGCCACGCCCCCUAACGCCAUCAGCCAAUCGGAGAGGGAGGAGGGCUCCGCCCAGAACGGUCUGAACGUACACGGCUCUGUCGCAAACGCAGACUCCGCCAACGUAGACGGAACCGACUCGACCCGCGAUUCCAACGGCUGUGAACGGAACGGAUCACUAAAGCGCCAACAAGACGGACACAGUGCGGAACGGCCAACUAAAAAAUGCAGGACAGAGUCGGACCCCCCCGUCCACGCCGAAUCGGACUCUUCUGAGGUUAAAGAGAACUGAACUGCUGAGGCGGGACACGUCCGGACCCCCGGUCCACACUGAAACGGACUCUUCUGAGAUCACAGAACACCUGUGAUGCAGGACAGAUAUAAACUCCCCCCUGCCUGUGCUGAAAUGGACUUCUCUUCCUGGGGUGCAAAGAACACUGAACUGCUGAUGGAGCAGAAACCAAAGGCCAUACCAAAUCCAAAUGAGACGGGGGCGGGGUUUAUUUUACAGAUCCUGAUCGUAGGAUUUUGUCACAAUCCAAAGUUGCCGUGGACGAGAUGCUCGUUAGCGUAGUCUGGUUUUACACAGAACAUGUCUAUUCUAUUUGUACCGGAAUUUGCCUGAUUAUUUUUUUACCGCUGAGAUAUAUUUAUAUUUUGUAAGUGAAACACUCUGCAGGUGAGCGACCGGACGGAGAGAGAGGCGAGAGAGCGAGACGGGUGUCUCUCUCGACAUGGCGUCGCUCCGCCGGCUUUGUACAGAUUUGUACAGAAAUCACACUUUUGAUAAUCACUCUGUACAUGUUCCUGUUUCUGUCCUUCCACUUCCCACGUCCUCAGUUUGUGAUAUUUGAGCUGCACAAAAACGACCUCGAGAUGAAAAUGAAAUUAAUCUCAGUCUGCUGACUCAAA